CUAUAUAUAGUAUAUAUGUUUUGCAUUGGUUUUCUGAUGGCAAACAUUCAAAAUGUGUGGCGCGGUUAAAAACCGACACUACAGUAAUUUUCCAUUUUGCGUCACAAAUUCGAUAUGUAGGCGAUUAAUGGAUUAAAAGCCACACAUUUAUGUCGCGCGCACGCAAGAGCCUCUAUGCGUCUCUGCCUCUCUUCGGUUACGUAAUCAUGAAAUUUUGGCACAAUUUUGGUACAUGAGUAAUCCUCCGUUUCACGUGAAAUUUCCUCAUCUCAGUCGCGCGCGAGCAUCAUCAGCGAUCAUUAACCGUUUCGUAAUCGCCCUUCGAAACUGCGCAUCUUUCUCUCACGCAAAAAAGGAUGACAAGUGCGGCAGCGGGUCGCGGUGUAGACAAAGUGGGAUGAGACGCCCUCAGCAAGAACAUCUCCAUCAUCAUCACCACCACCACCACCAUCAUCACCAUCACCAUGGAUCCUCAACAAGCCCCACGUGUUCUCGUCAAACACACGAUAAGGACGAGUCUCGUCUCGCUCGCGUAAAGCGCGUCCUGGCGGGUUCGCUGUUGGGCCGCGGUGCUGGCUCCAGCAGGAUCUUCGGCACCCGGCUGGAGCUAGUCGAGUCCUAUCUCGACACAGGUGUACCGUACGUGGUGCACCGGUUAUGCAGCUACAUCGAGGUGCAUGGCUUUCAGAGCGCGGCGGUAUUUCGCCUAUCAGGCGGCAGUCCUCGGCUUGCAGAGCGACUGAGGGCGGCCUUCGAGCGGCGGGGUGACGCCGAUCUAGAGGCAGCCGGGUGCCCACCGACUGCCGCGACCCUUCUCCGUCAAUAUCUGAAGGAAUUGCCGCAGCCGGUCGUACCAUCCACCCUCGUCGGCAGACUGCUCAACAUUCACACUCAGAGCUAUGCGAACGAUCACGACUCGUGGAUCGCUUCGACGAAGGAGCUGCUGUCGACUCUGCCAUCCUCGCAUUAUCAUCUGCUUGGCUACCUGACGAUUUACCUUAGUCGCUACGAGGCACGACACGGACGCAGCGCCGGAGUCUGCGGUGUUUUUGCACCCGUCAUUCUGCCUCACGUUCCGCCUGCGACUACCCUCCUGCGGGAUAUCCUCGCCGAGGCACCAGUGCUCUUUCCCGACUGUAUUCGUGAGAAUACGGUGAACGGCUUGGUACCUGCCGGCGACUGUAAGAUUUGCAAGGAUACGAGAGACGAGCCGAAGGACUCCGAGGGUGCGUCCCUGCUCUGUGCACUGAAACCGCGUAAGCGCAAGGAACGUCGCGAAUCCUGCUGCCAAGAACGGAAGCUAAUAAGGAGUAGCAGUGAAGAACGUGUUCUUGACAGUCCCACCGACGUCGCGGAUACGAUCAGACGUGUGAGCAGCCACGAAGAUUUCAAUAGCCAGGAACAUUUGCACAUUUUAUCGCAACUCGGCCAAGACAUGGGUCACGGUGUGAGAUGUGGCGGAUUACCGCUCCAUGAGAGAACCAACGUUUCACCAGUGUCGAAAAAAUCGUCGUCAGUACCGUCACCGUGUGAGGUAGUUGUAGCGACUGAAAAAUAUGAUUGCGACGCCGAAAAAUUGAGAAAUAGCGAACGCUUUAGUAGAAGUCUUACCCCGAGAGGUAGAAGACAAGCACGCAGGAGAAGAGUGCACAGAAUCCCAGAUACUGACCAGAGUUCCAGUAAGGAAAACGAAGAGGAAUCUGAAAAUAUGUACAUCUCCAAUGUGUCACCGAGUCCUAAUAGUCAUAAUGGCUCCCCAGCUCAAAGCUUCUUGGAGAUGUUGAGCAGCGGACCGAGCAGAUCACCUUCGCCAGCUCGUCCACCGACCGUCGAUCACGAGGACGUUAAUAAUCCCAGUUUGACUAAUUGGGGCUUUCAACAUUUAGAAGGAAAUGAAGAAGCCGCGGACGCUCGAGUGGAAGCUAUGCUCUCGCCAAGAAACUCGCUGUUGCUCCCCAGGAGAUUUUACUCCGAAGAGGAAAUACAAUCAAAUACACUUAGUCCAUCGGAAAUGGGACUAAAAAAUCUUGCAAAGCAUAUUAACGGUCUGAAGAAGAAGAUCAAAAAGUAUGAGGAUGAGUUUGAGGAAAACUUUGGCUAUCGACCGAGUCAUUCUGACAAAAUGAGCAAUCGCGACAUCAAACGGCUGUGCACGGAGCUAAAUAAGCUUCGGAAAGAACACAAAUUAUUGAAGGAAGAUCCAAUAGGUGCGCUUCUAGCCAAUGCCAACAAUCGACUGAAUAUUACCGGCAGUCCCAUAAACAACAACAAUGGCCACGAGAAAUCUCAGACAAUAGAGGAAGUGAUCAAGGAAGCGGAGAAAAAACUUAGCGAGAAGCGUAUUAAGUACAACCGGCCCGAUAACAUGGACGAACUCAGUUACGAUCAAUUAUUAGAUGAAAAGACGGCUGUGCAGAAAGCAUUACUCCACAUUGAAAACACUUUCGGCAGGCCAGUUUCUAAGGAAGACAGAUCAGUUGUUCGACCAUUAUACGACCGAUACAGGACUUUAAAGAGACUGCUCAUUAGAGCGGGCGCGAGCAAAAAUAAGGACAGCGUUACCGAACUGGCCACGAUCCUAGAGCACGAAACGAUGGAUUUUACGUCAUCGAAUCUUCCAGGAAAUCCUGUAGAGACUGAUAGAAGAGCCAGCGAGCCUGAUAUGUCACAUCGAGGCAUCUUGGACUGUAUCGAUCCCGUAGAUCAAUUGCCAACUGAUAGCGAUAGCCAGCAUAGCAGUAGCGAUGCCGGUGAAGGUCUUCACGCUCUUCCUCAAGAAGAAUUACUGAUACAACAACGGGCUACUCGAGAGGAGAAGAAGCGGCUUCGUAGAGCGUUGAAAGAAUUAGAAGCGCAAUUUGAAGCUCGAGCUGGCCGCCGUAUGCAACGUGAGGAUCGUGGACCGCAAGUCACUACCGUGUAUGAAUCAUACAAGCAGGCGAAAGCGAAAUUGAGACUGAUUGACGCCCUCAUAGCCAAAAAGGCUUGACGUAGUAUUUAAUUCACGAAUAAUGAAGAACUGAUUUGAAACAACAUUGUUGAAACUUUAAAUGGUCUUUAAAUGUCUGUAAGAAGAUACAGCUGUCGCAGGCACAUUCAUCACCAUCUGCAAUUUUAGCAUUAUGCGGUCAUGAUUAAAAAGGCCUGAAGAGAAGCAAUAUCUGCCUGAACGAAGAAUACUACUGUAACGCAACGAGAAUUUAUCAUAUAAAAUCAAAAGAUUUCGAGAACAAAAACAUGAAAGUGAAUAAUACAUUCUAGUGUAGGAUUUACUUCGCUUUCAUAAAAUCAUGCGUGCCGUAUAUCCUCUUAUACGGUUUUUUUUCGAUCGCAGAUUCCGUUUGCGUUACGACGCUGGGAAAAUAAUACCGAAUGUUUUCAAUGUUUAAAGUAAUGCAUCUUUUUUACAACAUCGUUUUUGAUCAACAUAAUCGAUAUAUCGAAAGACAUAAACGAACAACUUAUAGUGAGCAAUAGUAUGUCUACAGAAUAAAAACAUGAUAUCAUGGUAGUACAUUUGAACUCUUUAAGCGCUAAUAAUUCUACAACUUAAACUGAAUACGACGUAAUAUAAAAUAAUUGUUCGAUGAUAUAAUCGCGUGCAUCUUGUUCAUUUUGUAUUUAAUGUAUUCGUUUGCAAUGGAAGAUUUCCAUUUGAUUGUCCUCCAUUCAUUUCAUUGUAUAUGCAGCAUUAAUGAUACAUUUUUGACACUAACGAGAAAUUGGAUGCUUAUUUUGAUACAUUUACAAUUCAUGAAAUUGAUCAGUUAUAAAUGUAUUAAAAAAUGUACUUAUAUUUUAUAUGUAUAUAUAUAUAUAUAUAUUUGUUGCAAAGAUUUCUAAACUUGUUUGUACUUAAAGUAUCAAGUUUUAUAACGGUUAAUGCAAGAACAUAUAUCGAACGAACGGAAGUCCAACUUGUCAUUUUGAAUCGUUAAAACAAAUCAAGAUUUUUCCGACAAAUAUAACGACGUAUAUCAUACAAUUGUGAGAAACGUGUUUAGUUUAUUGCUCGUAAAGAGUCGAAUUUUUCUCACUGACGAUAAAUUUGAUGAUUAUCGUAAGAUCAAUAAGACUUGAAAAAGAAAAGAUAGGAGAGAGCGGAUAUCCAUAUAAUGAUUAACAUGUUUAUAAUGGACCCGAUAUUUAUUUUAUCAUUUUAAAUAAAUCGCUGAAGUCUAAUGCUGAAAGAGUAAAGAACGAAUCUGUGGGGUUAUACUCGUAUUAUAUAAGUACCUUGUAAGAGAUAUCACAUGUUGUAAUAUUGUAGAGUACUAUAAAAUGUUACGAUCUUAAUAACGUAUUAAAAGAGAGAGAAAAAAAAGAAUAUUCACUAAGAGAAGCUCGUUGAUUUUUGCGUUUAUAUUUUUGUACAAGUACGAUUUUAAGGCCGUUCGCAAUGUAUACACACACAACCGACUAGGGACUACUAUCGUAAAAACGCCUUAAAAUUCCACUUGGAUCGAUUUUUUCACAUAGAAUCUCGAGAAUCAAGGGUGCUAAUGGCUUGAGUUCUACCGUAUGCCGACUAAUAUGAAAGAAAUGCUUUGCGAAUUUCACUGACGAUAAGUUGCAACUGCGCCGAAGGUGUUUUUUCUCAUUUUACCAUGACACUGACGAAAUCAGCCACUGUUUCAGAUUUGAAAGUUCUGAUAUGUAAUUGAGACACAAAGGCCGCGGUGGUUUUAAGCUUUUCGAUAUCAAGCAGAAAACGAAAAUUGAUGAAUGAUUCACUGAUUUCGUAUUCCUGCAGGCAAAAAUUAACAUUUUUGAAAAUAAUUGUACACCGACGCGCGGCAGCGAAGCCAGUCGCGAACACGUAAAUGCGUGUUCGUUCUAAUUAACAAAAGCGAGU